GCACAACAACGAGGAGCGAACGCUCGCACGAGGUCGCACGCGACAGGAUGUGCGCAACUUGCUGAUGCCCGACCGUCGUUCAUGAAUCUCUGAAUCACCGCGAGCAGCGAAAUCACGCGCUAUGGAGAGAAUGCCCGCGUCAGAGUUCUCCAACGAAUUGCUCGCCGUCCUCGCGAGCGAGGAAAGACUGCGCGACUGGCUGGCGAGCCUGCGAGACGCACUCGGGCGUCGUCCGCUCUCCGCGGCUGAUGCUCUCUUAAUCGGUGUCGUGCUCGCCAAGAGCCGCUCUGUCGAGCACGUGGAGACUGUACUCGAAGUCGAGCGCGUGCUGAAGCGCGCGAUCGCGCGAAAAAUGCUAGAUCCGAUCGCCCUUCGCGAAGCCGCGUCCCUCGCCGUCGAACUCGUCGCUUCUCACUCGAAGAAAGAGAAACCGGCUAAGAAACGAGCGAAAACAAAAGCGAUGGCAGGGAAGGACGAUGCGCGACUCAGCUUGUACGUGCGCGACGCACUCCCCGCGCUUGUCGCGGCGCUGUUGAGUUUUCGGUCCCCUAAAGCGUGGGCGCUCGCAGAGGAAAGUAUACCGUUCCUUGUCGCCGCCGCGCCUUCUUCAUCACCCGACGCGAUCGACAGCUGUGACAUCGUCGACGCACACGUUCGUGACGUCGUGAUGCCGAUUCUCGAAUCGCUCAUGCGGUCAUCCCUCUCGGCCUUGCGCACGAGCACGGAGAAGAUUCACGAAACCGAGGCGACGACAAAGGGUGAAUCCAGGCACGCGGGCGACGGCGUCGCGGCCCAUGUCUUCGCGACAGCGCUUCGCUCGAUACCCGAAGCGACGCUGGCGAUGGACGGACCUUGGCGGCUUCUUUUAGAUUCGUUGCCCGUGCGGUAUGGUGGUCAUGUAGACUCCUUCGAUGUCGAUCCUCUGUUGUCUGCGGCUGGACGAGCGCUCGCGCGCGCGGCUUGUGUCGACGACGCGCGACGAAUCGAGCUAUGCGGGGUCAUCGAACAAAAACUCAAAGGUGUUACAGCGUCGCGCGCGGUUGGUCUUGACGUACUUCGGGUGAUGUUGAACGGACCAGAGCAACCGCUUUCGCAAGAAGACGUGCGACUGGCCGUGCGGUGGGCGCUGCACGCGGCGUCUUCAGCAAAAGUAAGCGCUGAUACCGGAGCGAUGUCCGCACAACGAUUGAUUAUUCCAGCUGCGGCGGUUGUAAUUGCGGCAUUACCGUAUCUUGAACGAGAUGACAUUGCCGCGAUGCGUGACGGAUGGUUGACACCGCGACUCUCAGCGCAGGCGCUCACUUGGCGCGAUGGCACGACUGCGAGUGGCUUCCCACCUGUUUGCACGGUGAGAAGUCACAUGAGCAUUCCAAUCGAGGAAAGGCUUCCCGUUGACGCUAUUGCUGCUCUGUUUCAUGCAGAUUUAGUUCUCGCGGCAUACGUUAACCCUAUGGAGUUUCGGACUCGCGUAGUCAACGGAGGAUUGGAGCUUGGCGUCGCGUCACUCGGAAGAAAGGUCAACGCGAACGAGAAAGCCCAAGCGGGCGUCGCUGCUUCGUGUACGAAUGAGAAGUGGGGUUAUCUGAUGGGAGCUGCGGCGAUGACAGUGCUUGCUAAUUUGUUGCAUGCGUGCCUCGAUGCUACGCAAAUAUACGAUGGCGACAACGCGCCUAGUUUUUUUGACCUUGGACUGCCGACGGCGGAUGUUCGACGAGCUUUGCUCCACCGUCUCUCGCAUCUGUUGGCUUUGCAGCGUGGUAUUCAGAUUGAAGUAGACGCAGAAAUAGAUGAUGCAUUCGCGACUGCUGCGUCAUCCUUGCCUCGAGUCCAAGUAUCCACAUGGUUAUCUGCGGUUGAAGCAGUCCUCGCUGAGGAUGGACCGCAAACUUCGGGUUACAGUCGAUUUGACGUGCCUGAUGUCGAACCACAGGUCCAGGCGGGGAUAUUGUCGCGAGCGGCGGCGGCGUUUUCAACGUCCACUGGGCUCACGAAGCAUGAAGCUGGACACGUUUCGACCAUAGCUUUCGACCCCGGAUUUAUUCUACGUGAAUUGGUUCGAAGGGGGAUUCUGCACAAGUCGCUCAUUCUCGCCGAGCGCUUGGCUCCGAACGUUUCUGAGACAUCUGCAACUGCUGCGAUGACGGUUCAAAGUUUCCGUGGAGCUCAACCUGACCGUUAUCAGAUGCUAUCCGAGCGUUUAGCCGCGCCACCUAGCGCGAAUUCUCACGGCGAAGGAAACGAACUGGUCAUCGUGAAGCCAAGCUUCGGGCGAUGGACGGACACGUCAGCGAGCAUCCGUGCGGCUAUUGUCGCGGGUUGUUUCGAGCUUUGCACAAUCGCGGCGAUGUCUUCCUCCUCUCCCGCUAUCGAGGCAUCCGUGAUAUCUGCUUUGGCUGCGCCGGUUCUGCAGCUCGAUUCUUGGGAUUUGAACAACGCCGACGGACUAGCGAUCACGUUUGCCGCACAAGACUCAGCGCAGGACGAUAUGGCAUCGGACAUGGCAUCACACACGCGACUAGCUGUCCUUCAGUGGGUCACCGCACGUGCCACCGAGUGCACCGCUCUCAGGGCGGCGGCACCUGCACUAUCUCUUGGGGCGACUUUGCUUCUAGGAUUACCCCGAGCUUCUGUGACGGCGUGUUGUCCAACUCUCGUCACUGCGCAUGCUUCAGCUGCACUUUGGGGUCGUACGGACUUAGACACCAGUCAAUCAGACUCGUUCGAGUGCAGAUCGCUGCAGCUUACGCGCGACCUCUUACAAGGAUAUGUUGAAUGCGCUGUUGAUGACAUGAUUCUUUCCGAGCCUCAGUGCGCAACUGACUUUAGUGACGGAACAUCUUUCGAACGUGCACAACGCGUGAGCCUUUUGAAAACGGCACACCAUCUGACACUCAAGUGUGAUGGCGUUAAUGCCGCGAUCGCUGUGAUCAUGGACGUUGUGCACGUCAUCUCGAAUACGACAGAUCCAAUGCCUUUGCAGUCCUCCUCGACUGCAAUAUCGGUCGUGCUGGAUUUGUUAACUUCACAUGUAGGACGAAUCAUCAAGGACGUUCGUGACGAUGCACUCGGAUUAAACCAGCGCGACCGUGAAGUGAAUAUCGACGUCAGCGAUCUGCUUAUGCGCGUGGGAGAAUUGAUCGUGCAAACCAUCGACGCCGCAGCGAUGCUAGUCAACAACGAAAGCGGAAAGAAGAGAAAACUGUCUGCCGUCGUUUUGGUCGACAUCAUCCAUGGCGUGAGUGCAACAUUGCUCUCUCUGAUUUCCAUUAGCGUUUGGAUCGCAUCAGUGCGAAGCGGCGACAAUAAGAAAUCGCGUCGAUUAGAUGACGUAGCGAAGGCUGCUUAUGAAAGCAGCGGAAGGCUCGGUAUCGCGGUCGACUCGCUCGAAGGCGAGGGUUCAAACGCGAGCGUGAAACGUGAGAGCGCGCGAAUGAGGUCGAACCGUGUGUCUUUGCGCGCGGCGACUGCGCUGCGUGCCGGGGCGCAGUUGACUGACCUUUCAGAAGAUAAAAAUGCGGCAAAGACGGGUCGUAGACAUCGGAAGUUUCGAAAAAUGCGCUGGGUGGACAUGGAGGCAGAGGAGCCCUCGUCGGAUGAAGGCGGCGUGGAGGGAGAGGCGGAUGACGACGAAGACGACGCGAUUUUUUGCGUGCGUCCAAACGGCGACGGCAUCGAAGGUUGGGAGAUGCAUCAUCGUCAGUCCGAGAAGCGUCCGUUUCCCGAAGUUGAUGGCCCAGUUGAGACCGAGACUACUGCCGUCAUAGUUCCACAGAUACGUAGAGUCAACGCGUCGCCGAAGAAGAAGGCACACGGACAAGACGUACGAGUUCGAGAGGCUGCGAAUAAUUUAGCUUAGCAUCUACAUUCGACACACAAAUCUAACGUC